UUCCGCCAUGAUGGUCAAGGUCGCUGUAUUUUUCUUGGUUGCCAUGACCCUCGGCGUCGCAAGUGCGUUACCGAUUCAAGAGACGAACGGUCAACGGCUAGCGCGAGGCCUCCCACCGAACCCACCCAAGUUUAUGCGUUCCUGGGAUGGAAGGGAUCUACCAACUCCUGCGAUGGUCGCAAAACGGACUCAGACAUCCCCAACGCCUCCCAACGUGUACACGGGCCGACUUGACGUUCGGAAUCUAGACGGGAGUAGUGUUGGGCAUGUGCGCAACUGGCCUGGUGGAGGAACCAUUGGAGGAACCAAUUAUCUUGGUCCUAAUGGCGAUCUGUUGGUCAAAGCGACUCCUUCCAAUAACGAUCUUUAUGAUAUCUUGGCAUCAAACCCCGCAUUCCCUGCACCGUUUUAUGUCGGAGCUGGUGGCAAUUCUCUUCAUAACAACCCGAUUCUGGCUAAAGGAAGUCGCAACACAAUCGAUUUCACAAACGUGGCACAGACUCCCCCAGGAUCUAAGCCAGUAGCAACAGGCUCAGGCGGUCUUUAUGUUGAGUCGGCCAUUUGGUCUUUGAACAAAAAUACGAAGCAGGUAUCACCGAAAUGGAUCAACCCCGACGGCUCCAGUCCUCCGACCACACUUGCUUAUGAUAUCCGCGAAAACUAUCUCUUUUUCGUUGGGGACCUCGCAGCUUACAAUGAGGGCAACGAUACUCCGGCUUCGGCUGUUAACCUCUUCAUUAUCUGAGUCUCCUCGCCUCAUCGUUCCAUUACGCGUGAUGACUUUGAAAUGCUUCUUACAUUGGCCUUCGCCUUGGACUUUCGCCCCCAUCUUACGAGGACUCUCUAUUGGACACUCUCGACCCAUUUCACUUCGGACUCCAGCGUCACCCAUCACUUGUUCUUCACGAUGUAAUGCACUUGGACAUUUCUACGACUUGAAGAUGUUUAUGCUUCGAAACUUUUUUUUUUUUUGUAAAAAAAUGCACAUAUAUACUCUUACGGACCUCUUAGUGGCCUCUGUACAUUCAGCCAUCUGUAGUAUCACGGACCUAGUUUUGCAAUCGACGCUUUUGAAGUUGGCUUU